AUGUUUCCAAUCACAUUCAAUGCCAUCGGCGACAUACUUGCUCUCGCCCAGCUCGUCCGCGAUGUCGCUCUGGCUCUCGAUGACGCGCGGGGUGCCGCUCCCGAGAUUCGGCGUUUCUCCCAUGAGCUCAAAUUUCUGGCCUUCAUCAUAGAGAAGGCGCAUCGCAUGGCAGAAACAUCCUCAGACAACGCGCUUAAGGAGGCCAUCUUGACGGAAGUGCACCUCUGCUACAUCGAGCUUGCCAAUGCGGGAAAGCUUACACCAGGCUUUGAUGGUCUCUUACCAGUCAAUUCUGACAUCUCGAACGUGGCUCGAGCGCGAACGGCGUUGAAGAAACUGCAGUGGCACUUUUCGAAGGCAUCCGAGGCUGCUACUUAUGCGACGCGAUUUCACGACAUAGAGCGGCGACUGAUCCUUCUCAUCGUCGCUUUCAAUCACCAGUCGCUACAAAGAGGCUUCUCUCGACUGAUUGGGGAAAUUAACGAUCUUGAGGCUUCGGCCGAAUCCGACCACAUGUUUAUGCACAACGAGAUUGAUCGUUAUACAUCUCGUUUGUCUACAGAGCUUCGGGACAUCGCGGCUGGCUCCAUAGAACACAUCUCCCAUGACAUAGAAAGAUCGGCGGGCGAUCAAAGUCGCAUGUUUAUUACAGCUAUCCAAGAGGCCAGGGACAGCCUUCGUCACGGCGUUGUGCUCACCUUACGCCAAGAGAUUCACUCACUAGUCCCCAAGUUCUCCGCAACAUUCUCAGCGCAAGAACAGCGCCUUGUCGAACGCACGAGCGAUGCCAUCAUGCGACGACUGGAUCCCCAUUCAUCUGUGCAUCAAGUCGAGCGCCAACGCUUUUUGACGGCGCUUAUACCGUUUGCCAUUCUCGGCGCGACAAUCGUCGCGAGCACCGUUAUUAAACCCAAAUGGCGGACAGCAGCUCUAUGGGCUACUAUCUGUGCACUCAUCAUUCAUAUUCUUCGCCUUCAGUUCGCACCGCCUGUGACCGUAUGGAAGUUCAGUGAAAACGUCAUCAUCCUGAUCGACCUCCUCGGAGAGAGAAUGCCCAUCGCACUUCAACUCUGUACAUCUCUGGAACUUUUCCACGAAUUUCUGAGUAACUACUACACGACGCACGGGCGAAAAGGCCAGUUCUAUGUGAAGAGUGGAUUCUACGAGUUGUACAGCACCGAGAGCUCGCAGGCUCUCACAUUUGACGGCUGGUCGCAGAAUAUUCGCCCAGGGGCUCAGCUUGAGAUGGGCAUCUUGCAAUGUUACCCAGACUCCGAUUCGAGUCAAUCCGCGCCUGUUCGCUGCCCAUGGUGUCAUUCAGAGGCUUACGGCGAAAUGCCGAUCAAUAGCAACCGGUUUACUUGCGUGGGCUGCACUCGAUCGUUCACGGCGACGAGGGAGUCACCACAAAGCCGACCUUCACCCGUGGCCGUGAAACCUCUCUCGGAUUGGGUGGGAUGCCAGGACUCAGUCGACCUGCAUUACUUUGUUCGUAUUCGCGUGAUAGAGGUGGGGGUUUUCAGCGCGACCUCAGCAUCGCCCGAGCGGAGGACGGUCCAUCCGGGGAUGCAUCAUCACUUUCCGUACAGUCCGCGCCUUCGCAGUUCUGUGCGUCGCCGGUGA